AAAAGGCCGCAAGAAUUUGGACGGAAAGUGGCUCUGAGAUGGGCAUCGGCGCUCCGGCGCUGCGGUUUAGAGCCGCCUCGGGAUUGAAAGUCAGCUAAAGCGCUUGGGCAUGGAGCCCGGAUCAAAAUCCCAGAUUCGUUUUGGCCUCCUUUUGGUGGAGAAUAAAUGACCGAUGGGCAGCUUCUCUUCCUUUUAGCAGGUGAAGCCUGGAUCAAGAGAGAAGGUAACAAAGGAUCUCUCCAGCCUCUGAGGGAUGCCCUGCUGGUUGAUAUGGAACAGCCACCAAAAAAACUAUCUGAGCAAAGUGAAGAUCUCCUGGAAUCUAAACCAUUAAAAACGCUGAAGAGGGAUCUGGGCAAGCAUCAGAAUCCUUUUACAGAGGAGAUUUGUUUUGACUAUGAGAACAGCCCUCGGAAGAUGCACCUAAAUGACCGUCCGUUUAAGUGUGACGUGUGCGAGAAAAGCUUCCGCCACAGUUCCAGCCUCUUAACCCACCGAAGGCUGCAUACUGGGGAGAAACCAUAUAAGUGCACUGAGUGCGGGAAGAGCUUCAACACCAGCUCAGCGCUGAUCGUGCACCGCCGGACCCACACCGGAGAGAAGUCCUACGUCUGCUCAGACUGUGGGAGGUGUUUCAGCGAAGGCUCGGUGCUCAUCAAGCACUGGCGGAUCCACACCGGGGAGAAGCCGUACAAAUGCGCCAUUUGCGGAAGGGGCUUCCGGCAGAGCUCCCAGCUGCGGGCCCACGAGCGGACCCACACAGGGGAAAAACCUUACGAGUGCCAGGACUGUGGGAAAUGCUUCAGCACCAGCUCUAAUCUCUCGGCCCACCAGCGGACCCACACGGGGGAAAAACCAUACAUCUGUCCUGAGUGCGAUCGACGAUUUGGUCACAAGUCGCAUCUCAUCUCCCACCAGAAGACACACACCGAGAAGCUGCACGCUUGCUCCGACUGCCCAGCAACCUUCCGCAUGCUCCACCAGCUCCUGGUCCAUCGCAAGUCACACCAGGAAGAGAGGCGAUACAAAUGCCUCCUGUGUGGAAAGACUUUCAGCUACAGCUCAGCCCUCUUGGCACACCAGAGGAUGCACACGGGAGACCGGCCAUUCAACUGCCUGGAGUGCGGGAGGAGUUUUGUCCGGAAUUCAGACUUGAACAAACACCAGAGGAUCCACACAGGGGAGAAGCCCUAUGAGUGUCCAGAGUGUGGGAAACGAUUUAACCAAAGCUCCCACCUGGUUAGCCACCGGAGAGUUCACAUGAAAAGCGUUGCGAAAAAUCUUGGCACGGAUGUCCCCGCUCCAAGGGGACGACAAAUAGUGUCUUCCCGAUGAGCUCUUUUGCAUCAUUU